CAAAAUCCCUAGGAACUCCUCUGCAGUCUGGCUUCUGGCACAAUGGCUGCAGUAGCCCAGAAGCACUUUCUGGAAGGGCAGACAUAUGCAGUCCCCUUGAUCCAGCCGGACUUGCGCAGGGAGGAGGCUGUUCAGCAGGUGGCAGAUACGCUCCAGUACCUGCAGAAGGUCUCGGGGGAUAUCUUCAACAGGAUCUCGCAGCGGGUGGAGGCCAGCCAGGCGCAGCUGCAAGCCAUUGGUGAGAGAGUCACGCUGGCCCAGGCCAAGAUUGAGAAGAUAAAGGGAAGCAAGAAGGCUAUUAAGGUAUUUUCCAGUGCCAAGUAUCCAGCCCCUGAGCGGCUGCAGGAGUACAGUUCAAUUUUUGCUGGUGCAGAAGACCCAGCAAAACAGAAAUGGCCAAGACACAAGAUUCAAAGCAAACACCGAAUGCUGGAUGAGAAGGCUCUGCAGGAGAAGCUCAAGUAUUUCCCUGUGUGUGUUAGCACCAAAGUUCACCAGGAGGAUGAUGCAGAAGAAGGCCUUGGCAGCCUCCCCAGGAACAUCAGCUCCCUCAGCUCCCUGCUGCUCUUCAACACCACUGAGAACCUGUACAAGAAGUAUGUUUUCCUGGAUCCUCUGGCUGGGGCAGUCACCAAGACCCAUGUGGCUCUGGAAACAGAGACAGAAGAGAAACUUUUUGAUGCUCCUCUUUCCAUCACCAAAAGGGGACAGCUGGACCAGCAGGUAGCUGAAAAUUACUUCUAUGUGCCGGAUCUGGGCCAGGUCCCUGAGAUCGAUGUGCCAUCCUACCUGCCAGACCUGCCUGGCAUCGCUGCAGACCUCAUGUACAGUGCUGACCUGGGCCCUGGCAUUGCACCAUCUGCCCCUAGCAGUGCUAUCCCAGAGCUGCCCACAUUCAGCACAGAGUCGGUGGAGCCUCUGCAGCCAGACAUCCAGAAUGCUGAGCUGCCACCUCCACCACCACCUCCACCACCACCUCCUCUUGUGCCAACUACUGUGCCUCCUCCACCACCCCUGCCCCAGCCCAUGGCCCCCUCUGAGCCAGCCUGGACAGCGAGUGAAGAGAGCAGCAGUGCAGUGCCUGCAGCUUCAGUCCAGGGAGCCCCAAAGGAGGUGGUGAACCCCUCCACUGGGCGUGCCAGUCUGCUGGAGUCCAUCCGCCAGGCUGGGGGCAUUGGGAAGGCCAAGCUCCGCAGCGUUAAGGAGAGGAAGCUGGAGAAGAAAAAGCAGAAGGAACAGGAACAAGUGAGAGCUAUAGGACAAGGUGGAGACUUGAUGUCAGACCUCUUCAACAAGCUGGUGCUGAGGCGCAAAGGUAUUUCAGGGAAAGGGCCAGGAGCCUCUGGAAACCCUGAUGGUCCUGGCAGCCCUGCCGGAGCCUUUGCUCGCAUGUCGGACUCGAUACCACCCCUGCCACCCCCACAGCAGCCUGGGGGUGAGGAGGAGGAUGAUGACUGGGAGUCAUAGAUAGGGUCACCAGUCUGUGAACCCCAGGACUCUUGAACUAAGCACCUUUGGGAGACUGGUAAUAGGUCCUGGAGGGUGGGCAUGGGCCAGGCAGGAGGAGCCUGUCAUUCCUUUUUGAAGAGGAGCCACAGCAGAUACCUGCGUCUGAGAGUUCUCAGUGAGGAGCAUUUAUCUGCUCUGCUAUUCUCCAGUGCCACGUUCCAUCUUGAAUGCUGUUGCUCAUGCUGGCACAACACAUCCUGCCUUAGCUGGCAGGCAGUGGGGCAGCCUGUGUUCAGAGGAUCAGAACUAGCAUUGCCUCUGACUCAAAAGGGGCCUGAGCCUGUCCUGCUGUGCCUGGGGGUGACCAUCAGAGCAGCUCUUGCAGGCAAACAGCACUUGCCUCCUUUAGCUCCUUACUGCGUGCUUGCUGAGGUCCUGCUUGCUUGCUUGUUGCCUGUGCACUUGGUGGUUUCACUGCCUGGCUCAUAGUCAUUCCUUGCCUGAUGCUGUCUGCCAUUUCAAUAAAGUUGA